AUGGGUCACCACUAUCAACGAACAGCACCUCCAGUAAUGUCUAAUAAUAUGGAUAAACCAUCACAAGAUGAAUGUGGAGAAGAAAGCAAGAAACAAGGAAAGGCUCAUUGGGAUGAUGAGGCUCUUGAUGCAUUUAUAAAAAUUUGUGUUGUUGAGACAAUAGCUGGAAAUCGACCAGGUGGCCAUUUUAGUAAGCAAGGAUGGAAAAAUGUUAUAAUGAAAUUUAGUGAGUUGACUCAAAGGACCUACAUUCAAAAGCAACUCAAGAACAAAUGGACUGGACUUAAGAAAGAUUGGCAAUUGUGGACAUCUUUGGUUGGAAAAGAGACUGGUCUAGGAUGGGAUCCUGUGAAGAAAACCAUCAAUGCUAGCAACGAAUGGUGGGACAAGAAAGUGAAGGAGAUUCCUGAAGCAGCAAAAUUUCGAACAUGUGGAUUGAAACAUGUUGAUCAAUUAGACAUUUUAUUUAAGGAUAUUGCUGUGACGGGUGAUGGAGCUUGGGCAACAUCACAAGGUUUUGUCUAUGAUGUUGAGAAUGAACUAACUCGUCCAACUGAAAAUAGUCAUGAAGAUGGUGUGUAUGACUUGGAGAAUGGUCUGGAGUUUAAUGAUGGGCUUGAUAAUAUAGAUGAUGUUGAUACUUCUCCUAAUAUUGAAACUUCCACACAAGAUAAAGCAAAAAGAAAAAGGGAUGGUAAAAAACCUGCAGUUGGGGAGAAGGUGAUCAAGCGAUUAGAUUCUAUUUUAGAGUCAGUAGCAAAUCGAAGUUCUAGAAACAACGACAAGCCUGGUUGUAGCAUUGAAGAAGUUAUGCAAGUUGUAGAAGGCAUACCUGAAAUUGUUGAGGAUGAUGAGCUUUUCGUGAAAGCUGUAGAUGUCUUGACUGAAAGAAAGAAUAGAGAGAUGUUUGUUGCAUUAAGGCAAGCCAACCGACAAAUUAUGUGGCUUAGGAGCAAGAAAGUUUAA